CCUUUUACUCUCUCUCUCUAUCUUUUCGUCUUCUUCUUGGCACACCUGUUCAUCUUGCUUCUUCAACCUAUCGCCUCCUCCUCCUUCUUCAUCUUCGUCUUCUUGCUUCUAGCCCCAAAGCCUUGAAAUCGAAACCCCCUGCCUUCUCCCUCUCGCCUGGUUCUUCUUCUUCGCACACCCGUGUUCUUCUUCUUCUUCGUUUGGAUUUCUGGACCCCGUGUUCUUCUUCUUCUAUGUCGAUACCCGUGUUCUUCUUCUUUUUCGUCUGGAUUUCUGGACCCCAUCAAGUCGCACACCCAGAUCUGCUCAGGAACCAUGUAUGGGGUCAUUGUUCUUCUCCCUCAUCGGCGUCGGCCUGCGAACACUCCUCACCAACGCCUUCUUCCUCCUCACCAUCGGAGCAGCUCUAUUUCACCACAGUGCAUCCUCCUUUUCCUCUCUUCUCGACAACUUGUGAAUCAGAGGCUUGACCAUGAAAAUACAAUGUGUGAUAAAUGCAGAGAUUUAGUUGGUGAUUGCAUACAAAUAUUUGUGACCACGGCAGUUGGUGUGUAUCUUGACAUCAAGACCAUCGAUAUCAAUACCUAUGAUGAACUCUUUUCUGGGUUUACCAACCCCAAGCAUGAAAUGAAAGUGAAAGAAAUAAUGUUUGUAUCUGUCUGCAAUGGUGCGGUUGAGACUCUAGUGAGAAUAUCUCAUCAGCGUCCCACUUUCAAGGAGAAACAUUUGGCUAUUAUUUAAACAAUGAAAAAGAAAUAAAUGUUAAAAAAUAAAAAUUAAUUAUAUUUACUUUUUUAUUAUUUUUUUUAUAAUUUUUAAACAUUUAAAUAAUAAAUAAAAAAAAUUAAUGACAUGGACUAAUGAACGAGUGACACGUGGAUCGUUACCUGGCACUUAACAAUGAGGCACCUUGUUACCCUAUACGAGGACUUGAUGACUGAAAAGAACACAACAACGUUACAAUGGCGGUAAAGAAACCAGCUUCUCCUCUCUGUCUCCCGUUCAUCACUUGUCUAAUCGUUAUCAUCAGUCACACUAACGGCCAGGAUUUCACAUUCCACGAAGCAACAAUCGAAGAUAUCCAAAAAGCCUUCGCCGAGAAUAGGCUCACAUCGAGAAAGCUAGUGGAAUUCUAUUUGAGCCAAAUCGAAACCCUAAACAUCAUUCUUCGCAGUGUCGUAGAGGUCAACCCGGAGGCUCUAGAUCUAGCGGAUGAAGCUGAUCGCCGAAGAGAAAACGAUCUGGACCAUUCGUCUUUGGGUUUGCUGAAUGGCAUACCAGUACUGCUCAAGGACACUAUAGCCACUAAAGAUAAGCUGAACACUACGGCUGGGUCGUAUGCGCUGCUUGGAUCGGUGGUGGGUCGCGACGCCGGAGUGGUUGAGAGGCUGAGAGCUGCCGGAGCUAUCAUAUUAGGGAAAGCUAGUCUGUCAGAGUGGUACUCUUUCCGUGCUCUCGGUCACGUGCCCAAUGGCUGGUGUGCACGAGCUGGACAAGGCGUGAAUCCUUAUGUAGCAUCUGGGGACCCAUGUGGCUCAAGUAGUGGAUCAGCAAUUUCAGUAGCUUCAAACAUGGUUAGUGUGUCAAUUGGGAGCGAGACCCAUGGAUCAAUUCUCUGCCCAGCUGACCACAACUCCGUGGUAGGGUUCAAACCUACUGUUGGACUCACCAGCCGUGCUGGGGUCAUUCCUGUUUUGCCUCCCCAUGACACCGUUGGGACACUAAGCAGGACAGUUUCUGAUGCAGUUUAUGUACUUGAUGCUAUAGUGGGUUAUGAUCAAAGAGAUCAUGAAGCAACAAAAGAAGCUACUAAAUUCAUUCCUUUAGGUGGUUAUAAACAGUUUCUCAAACUAGAUGGGCUCAAUGGAAAGAUUCUUGGGGUCGUUAGGAAGCCAUUUGUGGACCCCAUAAAAAAUCCUUCACUGUCUGAAGCUUUUGAAAGUCAUUUGAACAUAUUAAGACAAGGGGGUGCAACUAUUGUGGACAAUCUUGAAAUAGAGAACAUAAAAACAGUGAUGAAUCCUGGUAAAAGUGGGGAGCUCACAUCAAUGUUGGCCGAGUUCAAGCUCGCCAUUAAUGACUAUUUAAAAGAACUUGUUGUUUCCCCAGUAAGGUCGCUUGCUGACAUUAUUGCCUUUAAUGAAGAACACCCUGAUUUGGAGAAGAUCAAAGAAUACGGUCAAGCCACUUUUAUUAAAUCAGAAAAGACAAAUGGAAUUGGUGACAAGGAAAUGAAGGCAGCUGAGUUGAUGCAAAAUCUCUCACGUGAUGGGUUUGAGAAACUAAUGAUAGAAAAUGAAUUGGAUGCUCUGGUAACACCUGGUACUGGAGCUAUUUCUGUAUUGGCCUUAGGUGGUUAUCCUGGAAUUACGGUACCAGCUGGUUACGAUGACAAAGGCAUGCCUUUUGGUCUCUGUUUUGGAGGGUUGAAAGGAACUGAAAGAAAGCUAAUUCAGGCUGCUUAUGCUUUUGAACAGGCGACAUUGAUCCGGAGGCCUCCAUUUCCCAGAUCAAAUCCGUUACCAUUAGUAGAAAAUGAAGGUCUUUUUAAAAGUUGGUAGUAGUGAUUGUUACCCUAUAUUUUUUUUUAUUAUUAAAAAAAACUACUCAUUCAAAUUUUAAUAUUUCAAAAGACUGUCUUUUUGUUA